AUUUUGUCGUGUUAGGUUACCCUGUCCCCUAGUUGUCAUACCAAUCCAUUGCUUCCUCCAUAUCAGUCUGUUCCUGUUGUUGGCCUAGUCAGUUACAUGGCCCCUCCCACUCCAUGUCUCUUCAUCUGAUUGUGACCAUGUUCAUGUCUUUUUCAGCUCUAUCAGGACCUUGUCGCUGUCAGAUGUCUCCAGCAUUCCUUUUCCACUUAUCAUCAUUCCAUGAGAAUGUCAUUGUGGUCUCUUGCGAUCUCGUUUUGCCAUGUUGGCAGCUUGAUGUGCCUUUUAGUUCACGAUCUCAGCAUUGCGGUCUGCUGGAACCAGUGGAUGUUGCUUGUGACGUCCGUUGAAGUAUUCCGGGACAUAAUACCGUUCGAUGGUGUAUUUGGUACGGAGAAAAUUAGCAUAUGUGAGGAUCAUCCCCCCAAUCCUCUCGA